AUGGGAACGAUCCUUUCAAGUAACCGAGAACCUUUGCUUGCUCUUCCGAAAUGGGGACAGAGAAAGCCGCUCCGGCGUCAGGAGAGGGUGCCGGCGCCAUGGAUUGAGCUGAGACGGUGGCUACCGCCGAGAGUGCGACGACGGCGAGAACUGAAGUUUUCUUCACAAUGCUUGAAACUUGAGCCAUUUCUUAGUAUGAAGCUUAGCAUUGUGAAGAAGGCAUCAGUUCUCGUUGUGGUGGCACUUUCCGCCGUAGCAACCGUGUCAGCUCAGGCGAUGGCUCCGGCACCUUCUCCUGACGCCGGAGCGGCAUUCUCUAUUCCGGCUUCAGGUGUUAUGAUCGGGACCUCUCUUGUUCUCUCCUUCGUCGCUCUUCUCAGAAACUGA